AUGCCUCCUCUUCACGUACAAAUCGACCGUUCCACCACCUUUGGUGCUCAACUCUCACACGAACCUACAACAGGACCUGUCGUCCUCAUGAACAUCAUAUCGAUUCCACCGGGCACAGACUGGGCUGCAUUCCUCGAAACUUGGCGCCAAAGCGCUGAAGUUCUGAAAAAGGCUCCUGGCUACAUCUCGACACAACUCCAUCGCGCCAUCGGUGAUGGAAGUUUCAUCAUCAACUACGCUGUUUGGGAGAGCAACGAAACUUUGAAGAAUGGCUUGAAUCUUCCUGAGUUCAGGAAAGUGUGCGAGGACUUCCCUGAAGGGACUGAAUUCCGGGCAAGCGUAUCGGAGAAACUGGCUAUUCCUGGUGUUUGCGUCGGAACGCCGUUAGCUUAG